AUGAGCUGCGAUCAAUCUCAAACGCAGUCCCAUACGUUAGCAUCGUCCCAUAUUGUCCAUACGAACACUGAAAAGCUCAGUGAGGAUCGAUCAGUUUAUGAUCUAGGAUGGAACGAGAAACUUGACCACGACGCUGAGCCCUGGAUCCGUGGCACACAUAAUGAAGACAUUUGGGUACUUGUGCGACGGCUCAAUAAGUCACUAUACGAAGUGAGGAGCGCAGGAGAAAUCCCUUAUGGCGGCCUGGACCUCACUGUUGCGGAGGGUUUGGAGAACACUCCGAACAAACUUCGUAGUGAAAUGGAAAGGCUCUACAUGGGACUGGUUCUUGGGCUUUUCUCCUUUGCAAAGACUAUAGCACGGCUUCGCUCAUGGCGCGAACCACGAAGGACAGGUGCAUUCUGCAUUGCUUAUUUCAUUGCAUGGCUCCUGGAUUACCUAAAUUUGCUCUUCGUGGUUGCAGUCAUUGCCUUGAUUUUGUCACCCAGAGCUCGCACGAUCCUCUUUCCGCCCGCACCACUCGCCAUGGUCGACAUUCGUGACGGUAGUAUCGCGAAGCCUAUGGGCGGCACACUCGGGUCAACAGACGCUGCAACUGGUGCUCCUCAGAACCUCAAGGGCGAGUCUGUUGAGAACGAAGCCAGCAAUUUCAUUACGAGUGUCUCAGCCAUCGCCACUAACUUACUGACUGGCAAAGACCCGCAUGGCGCCCCAAACGAAUUUGAUGGAUCGAGCGAACAAGGUUUUAAACCUCAAUUUGACGUAACAACCAUGGCCGUUGUCAAGGACAAAGCCGAGGGGAUGGAUAGACCAUCUCAAGAUAAGACCAAGGCACCGAUGGAGGAGAAAGUAUGGGAGCAAAUGACUCCAUUACUGCACAUGAUUAUACUGAUCUCUGAUUUCUGGGAACGCUUAUCAAAUAUUCUGGUUCCUACACCUCCUUUCGACCAGCGACACCAUCAAAGGCGAUUAGCUGCUUACAUUUUACCCUUGGCUGCUGCAUCAAUCUUUCUAUCUCGGGACACAGUCAUCAGAUGCACGAGUUUGGCUUUUGGUGUUGCAAUAUUUGGCGAUCCUCUACUUACCUGGUGCUACCACUAUUCGAACACUCACCGGUGGACCGAGUCUAUCCAUAUCAACAACACACUCUUCAAAGGAGUACCGACGAACAAUCAGCUGGCCCUAACGCUUCUCCGGGUUGGUGAGGCAAACAGAGCUCCCAUUCCCCCACCAGAACAUAUGAGGCAUGCCCCUCCGGACAAACCUAUAGACAUUGACGAUGAUGUCAUCUCUGCAUCCAUGGGUGAUAAGCCUUUGGGUGCAUCACAAGGCCAACUCGAGAAUGUUGCUGAGCGGGACGCGGAAAUGGCAGAUCAUGCUGGUGGUAAAGAUACAGAAGUACAGCAAGUUGUCGGACACGGAAGCAAACGCGAAAAGAUGUUUGGCCUCUUGAAAGGUGGUGCCAAGGAGGUGGCCAAAGCAACCAGCACUGUUGACAAAAUAAGAGCCAAGGCCGGCUCCAAGAAUGCAAAGACGCGUGUCGGUGCUUUGCCAUCAUCUAAGGAUGAGGAGCAAACUAUCGGACCUGUGGAAUUCAGCGCCCGCUAUGAAGGGGCAAAGGGCUUUGUCUAUGUCAACGCGGCUGCUGGGUUUGUGAUGUUCAAUAAGAAUUCCAUCACCGAGGAUAAUCCCAACACAGUUUGGACUAUCAAUAUCGACAGCAUCACCCAACUCAGGAAGCACUCCGGCUAUGGCAUGAAGGCCAAACUCGCUUCAGGUUGGGCAGUGGAUGGACAGAUCUACGACAGUUUGAGGAUUGUUGAUCGAGAGGGAAACCAUUUUGUUGUGACUGCUCUUCCCUACAGGGAUGCACUAUUCAACCGACUAUGUGCCAUUGGCAAGCACACAAAGUGGGAGGUUUGGUAG